AUGAUCGACGAUAACUUGACUGCGGCCGAAAGCGACAACAACCUUUUUGAUGAAGGAAUAAAAUUCUUGAAGAGUGAAGGAACCAACUCGUUCCACAGCGUAGAACCGGUUGUUGCAAGUGAUGACGAGUGUGACGAGGAUGUGCUAGAGAAGGAUGAUCAAGAUGAACCGGGAGGGCCUAACGAUGUGGAAGAAGCCUGGGAACACGACACAUGCACACCCCUGGGCGAGAAAUUAAAAGAUGGGGGGCACAACUGUUCCCUAACGCAAACGACUGUAGAUAAUUCUACGCCCAGCGACAACCAGUUUAGCGAAUAUAAAAAUAUAAUUCUUACGUUAAAAAAAAUUAAUGAGAGUGUUGACUCUACAUUUGAUUGUAACAUUGUCAACCUGUUUGUGCAAGAACAGGGAAAGCUAAGAAUUGUUUGUGUAAAAAGGUGCAACACUAGGGAGGGACGAAUCGGGCAACUGCCAGGUAAAUACAGAUCAGUGGAGGGUGUUGAGGAAGUCGCCAGAGGGGUCGUACUACCUAGGGCGCGCUGCGUGAGUCCACGACGCCAUCAUGAUUGGAACAGUAGCCUGGAAGGGGAACAAUCGGAGGAAGCCGCAGUAGAAGCAGAAGCAGUGGCUGAAGUGGCAGCCCAGCCAACACGCAACUCGCUGCGUCGAAAGGGAGAGCACAGCGAGGGAAACGAAAGGACACAAGGUUUAGACCGCCAUCUUCUAGGCGCGAACCAUUUUAUUAGUAAACCUGCCAAGUGUAGAGGAAGCAGUCCGUCGUGCACACAAGGCUUCGACUCGAUUACCUGCAGCAUGACGAGCAACGCGGGGGGUAGUAGCACCGCACAAGGGGGAAUGGAAGCAGUGGAGGAGGCGAACAGCGAAGUGGCCAUGGACGCGGUUGACCAAGUUAGCCAACAUACAGAAGGCGCAGGUGGUCGAGGCGAGGACACAACGCCCUGCAGUGAAGACGCUGACGCGCUGGAUGGAGAAAUCUUUUUGGCGGAAAAAAAAAUGAGUGAUGACGAACACGGGGAGAUAAACGGGUCCGUGUGCGGAAGUGACGACGAUGGGAAGGAAGUGAAUAGUCCAUAUGGUUAUCCAUAUGGUGAUGUGAGUAGCCAUGCAAAUGGUCAUGUGGAAAGGGGAAACAUAAAGAACAGUGCUUCAUGUUUACGGUCACCACCUUACCACGACAUUUCGGGUAACCACUCUGUGGUGCACUCAAGUAAAAAAAGCGCAGAGGGAUUCCACACGUGGAGAGGAAAACCAGUCAAUGUAGAAGACGGUGCUGAACAGAGUACAGAAAUGAAAACCCCAUUUUGUGCACCUCCCAAUUGUGUAGGUAAACGACUGGAUGGGGAAGAGUUUCCAUUGUUGUGUUAUUAUGGAUGCGGGAAGGAUUCUGUGCAGCCCCCGUGGAGACAAAAUCAGAGGCAGAGGUUGCGGAGUGUUCAAAGCGAGAAGACGAUGGAGAAGCGGAUAACCAUCAGUGGGAGCAGGAAAAGUGUGCCAAGUGAGUACACAUGCAGGAGGACAGUUUAUACGGGCACAGAUAUGUCCAACGUAGGGAACAUGAAAAUGAAAGGAGGGGUAGAAGUGAUGCAUCCAUGUCGUGUGGAAGGAAAGGACCAAAGUGGAAAUCCGCUUUACCAUUUGAUCAACAAGAAUUAUCGUGGUGGUUGUGUUACUAACGGGAGGGUGUUGCCCAAAUUUAAGUCCCUUAGUAAUAACCUGGAAGAGGCGCAUAGUGAUGGGCUCCAUUUUAUCAACACAUGGAUGAGGCAGUCGAAUGGGGAAUUUGGAAAUGGAGUGCUCAGUGGAGGUGUAUACAUGUGUGAAAGUAGUGCAAGGAAGGACGAAUGCUACGCGGGUAAAUCACAGGGGAAUGUCUUAAACCCCUGGGAGGAUGCAAGAACAGGUCAAGAUGUUCAUCCAUGUGGAGAAGCUUACACCCAAGAGGGAGAAGGAAGAAUGCCUUUUUUUCCACCUUCCGCACGAAUGUACAGUCGAGAUGAUCACCUUAUCGCUAGAAGCGAGUGUGAUGCGCUGGUCCCCCCGUUUAAAGGCUUAGAGGUUAAUUGUAAUAGUUCGCGGGACUUGUCCUGGAGGGGCAGUGGCGGGUACGGACAGCCGUACCGAGGGGGGACAAGUGGGCAGCUUCCGCUGAAUGACCAACAGGUGGACGCAGGCCAAGGGGAAGUGCCCAGCAACAAGGGAUGGAGCAACUUCCACGCAGAAAAGGACAUUUUCUUCGAAGCAAUAAAAAACAUCAUACGGAUUAUGAAGGAAAUUAAAAAGAUAAAAAUAAAUUUGAAAAUCGAAAGGAACUACUCCCUAGUUAUUGAAGACAAAAAAAAAAAAAAUGAAUUGGAAAAGCUCAUCCAUUAUUUAAUAUACCAAAAGGAGGUGAGAAAAAAAUUGAAGAAGCAUUACUUUGAUAAGAUAAACAAGGGCCUGUUUACAUUCCUUCUGAGGAGUAACCGUGCCAACUUUUUCUUCACAGAGGAGGAGGUUAAAUUGCUAAAGAGCUGGAACGAAAUAAAGUACACAAAGAUGAGUAGCAGUUCGGGAGAGAACACCGAGGGAGAGGGGGAUGGCGGUAGGACGUCUUUGCUUGGGAAGAGUGGUGGUUACGUGGAUGGGGAAUUAUCAGACAGGAGAAAAAUAUUGCACCAGUUGAGGCAUUUAAAUAAUGUCAUUGGGCAGAAGGGUAGCGUGGUGGUGGAAGGCAAAGGGGAAGAUGAAGCUUUGUGGACGGCCAAUUUGGGUGACUCCCGUGGGGAAGCUUCCUGUGGUAGGGGGGGCAAACAACGGAAAAACAAAAACGUAAAGGAGUCGAUUAGAAGCGGUUACGUGGCUACUACCCCGUCGUGUCCCAUUUGGUACGAGUCCUACUUCAUACAUUGUGAAAAGAGCCAGAGAAAUAUAUUUAACAUUUUUUUAUGUUUGAAAAAUAUUAAAAGGAAAUGCAUCUCGCAGAAGUUUAAAAGGAAGAUAAAAAAUGGGCAAAUAUAUUUAUCCAAGAUUUAUGAUGGCAGGAAAAUGUUGGGUCAUGUAAAAUACAUUUUAGAAGAGUUGUUAAGAAGGAAUGUACCCGAGAUUGUGUGUUUACACAUUAAUGAUUGUUUCGUGGAUGCUACAAUUUCGUUUUUCAUUUCGCUACUCCUACUUCUUUUUAAAAAUGUUCAUACGAUUAAGGUCAUUCGAUGUCAGAUUUAUUAUUCUUACCUUAGCGUUUUUUUGUCUUAUCAGAAAAGGAACAAUUUGAAAAAUAUGCAUUUUGUGUGUAACAGUAUAUUUUGGACGAGGCCUCCAGAUUUUCGAAAUUUGCGCGGCGAAGUGCUUUCCGCCAGACAGCAGGACAAUUUGCUCUUAUACUUUAACACCAAUUAUGUGAAGAAGCGGAAGGGGAAACGUACUUUGCGCGGGGAUGUCACAGAGACGAAGCAACCAUGUGGACGCGAAGAUGAGAGAGAAAGUAGUUUGGAAGGUUUCUUCGAGGGGAAGGGUUCCCCCUCAAAUGGUGCUGGCAACGGGGAUUACAGGAUUGUUGUGAAGAGGAAAAAAAAAGUUGCCCGUUUUAGCGUGGACCAGUUUUAUGACUACUUCGUCUUGGGGAAGGAAGCAACUGUGGGAGGAGAGGCAAUUCGGUUGAAGGAAGAAACCGUGAAUGGCGACGCAAGUGUGGGGGGCGAAGUAAAUGUGGGAGGAGAAGCAAGGGGCGUGGAUAAUGAAAGGACCUCGCUAGACAGUCCAGCGAAUGCCUACAACAUCCACAGCGGCUCGGGCAGCGACGAAAAUACGUCAGAGGAUUCUCUCAAGGAGGAACUACACGAGUGCCUGUGUACUUUUCCAAGAAAAAGAAUUCAACAAGCAAAUUUUUCCAUGCUAAAGAAAUUAAAGUUAUGCUCAAAUAAAUUAAAUGAUGAUGCCCUCAUGUACAUAUGCACACUUAUAAAAAAGGACAAGUUGAAGAAUUUAAAAGUACUAGAUUUGAGAUGGAAUAAUUUUACCUACAGAAGCUUGUUAGCUCUGUCAUUGGCAUUAACAAACACAACUGUGAGUGAAGCAUCAGACAAGAUACACUACAAAAAACGAAAGUUGCACAAACUUCUACUCUCCGGCAAUAACAUCAAAAGUUCCCUCUACUCUUCAUUCCUCUCAAGUUUCUGUACAUGUAAUUUUAUUGUUGUGAAAAAAUUGGACUUCUCCAUGAACGUAAUUGAUAAUGAUUCUUUCCCAAUCACGUUGAAAUAUUUCAAGCACAUUUUUCAGCUACAAAAAAAGAAGGAAAAAAAAAAAAUAAAAAUUGGGGAUGACGUCUUCAUAAAUUUAGAUCAUAAUAAUUUGAAAAAUUCUGUUUAUAUAAAUAAAUUGGCACAGCUUUUAAACAAGUUUCCCUCCAAGCGAUGCAAGUCAAAUAGGGAGGUACAGACCCCUUCGCAGGAAACAAACUCAAUCGGUGAAGAAUGUCGACAAGGCGUGCUACUCAGUUUGCAAUAUAAUAAUAUAAAAAGAGGUACCUUGAGUGAAGAUCCCGGAAGGGGGUCUACGUCACGUAUUAAGUUCUGA